AUAAUUGAGGUAUAUGGCAUAACGCAUUAAUUUAAUUCGCUAUAUCUAUCUUUUCCCCCUUUACCUGCAACCACUGUUCAUUCUGACGCCAUUGCAUACCUACUUUUGAGGUCUUUGCAACAAAAGAAAGCUAGCUGCAAAUGGAAUUUUGCCCAGACUGUUCAAUGUUACUGCAAUAUGAGUUGCCUCAUAUGGAACGUCCAGCCAGAUUCUUUUGCCCUUCGUGCCCUUUCGUUUGUAACAUAGAGAGCCGGCUUAAGCUGAAGAAAAAGCAACCUUUAGUAAAGAAACAAAUGGAUCCAGUGAUUUCGACAGAUGACAUGGAGAAUGCAUCAACAGCCGAAGUGCCGUGUCCAGCGUGUGGUUACAGGGAAGCAGCAUAUUAUCAAGUGCAAAUAAGGUCAGCAGAUGAGCCCAUGACUACUUUCUACAAAUGCAAGAAUAAGAUGUGUGGCAACAAUUGGCGAGAAGACUAAAAUAGUUUGGGAAAACUGUAUCCUUCUAUAGUUUGCUGGGAUAAUUUCUCGAUUUGUGCGUAUCAUCCUUCGUGCAAGGGCCAUGCUAAUCUUCUCUGCACCAUUCCAAUUUUGUCGGAUGUACUAAAUUAGCUUGUAUUGUAGAUUACAGGAAUUUUUGUUCUAACUUUAGUAAUCUGGCUCUGAUUCUCAUUGUACUAAAUUCAGUUUGAGACAGUCCAAUGUGCUUGAGAAGAGGCUUUUAAAGUAUCUACUAUUCAAUGCAGUUUAAAUUGCAGUAUG